ACCUUUCUCCGUUGAGAAGAGGGCUUCUUGGUUUCCAGGGGACAAGCAGGAAGAAGCAACAGAUUCUGCGGCGAGGCAGAAGAUGAACAACGCGCGGAAGAGAUUGAACGGAGAAACGGAAGAGGAAGACGAAGAGGAUGCGGAAGGAGAAGGGAUCGGGGCGUGGGAGAGAGCGUACGUGGACGAGAGAUCCUGGGAACUGUUGCAAGAGGAUGAAUCUGGACUUCUACGACCCAUCGACAACACUGCGAUCUACCAUGCUCAGUACCGUCGCCGCCUCCGCCUGCUUUCCUCCGCCGCCGCCGGAACGCGCAUCCAAAAGGGCCUUAUUCGCUAUCUCUACGUCGUCAUUGAUUUCUCUCGGGCAGCUGCAGAGAUGGACUUUCGGCCAAGUCGAAUGGCUAUAAUGGCAAAGCAUGUUGAAGCUUUCAUCAGAGAGUUCUUUGACCAAAAUCCUCUGAGCCAAAUCGGUUUGGUUACUAUAAAAGAUGGAAUGGCUCAUAACUUGACAGACCUCGGUGGCAGUCCUGAAUCCCACAUUAAAGCAUUACUGGGAAAGCUGGAAUCCUCAGGCGACUCCUCUUUGCAGAAUGCCUUGGAACUUGUACAUGAGCAUCUAAAUCAGAUCCCAUCGUAUGGGCAUCGUGAAGUUCUGAUAUUAUAUUCAGCUCUGAGUACUUGUGAUCCGGGAGACAUUAUGGAGACUAUUCAGAAAUGCAAGAAAUCGAAGAUAAGAUGUUCAGUAAUUGGUCUUUCUGCGGAAAUGUUCAUAUGCAAGCACCUCUGCCAAGAGACGGGCGGCUUGUAUUCUGUUGCGGUAGAUGAGCUACACCUGAAAGAUCUUCUACUUGAACACGCUCCCCCUCCUCCAGCAUUGGCAGAAUUCGCGAUUGCAAAUUUGAUCAAGAUGGGUUUCCCGCAAAGAGCUGCAGAGGGUUCGAUUGCGAUAUGUUCAUGUCAUAGGGAAGUUAAGAUAGGUGCUGGUUACACGUGUCCCAGAUGCAAAGCUCGUGUAUGUGAGCUGCCUACAGAAUGUAGCAUUUGCGGGUUGACACUUGUUUCUUCGCCUCAUUUGGCGAGAUCAUACCAUCAUCUCUUCCCUAUAGCUCCAUUUAACGAGGUGCCUCCAUCUAGUCUGAACAAUCCACGCGAAAAGCUUCCAAAGAGUUGUUUCGGUUGUCAGCUGAGCCUCCUUGUUACAGGGAACAAACCCGGGCCAUGUGUAACAUGUCCCAAAUGCAGGCACUAUUUCUGUCUCGACUGUGACAUAUACAUCCACGAGAGCUUGCACAACUGUCCCGGUUGCGAGAGCAUCCGACACCCUAAACCCGUUGUCAUGAUGGAAGAAUGAAUGAAUGAGACAAAACUCGUGAGCGGGCAGAGGGCUUUACAAGAAACAGCAUAAGCCCAGUUUAUAUUUUUGUCCGAGUGAUCUACUGAAGCCGUCCAGUCAAGGUCAGUCCAUGAGAGAGAGAGAGAGAGUUCACUUGGAGACCAGUCACAUUGGGUUUUAGCUUUAGGUGAACAUUGUAUCUGUACUUGUCUUGGAAUUGAUUUAUAUAAUUUGAAUACAAAACAAAGAAACCAAUUGCUGAA